AGAUACGGUCACGGCGUUCCCAUCAUGCAUAGAUACCUUUUAUUGGGCUUGACGGUCAUUCACCACUGUUCACAUCGUACCUUCAAAACCAGCUACAACUCAUCAACGCUGCAACCAGUUCUGCAUUUUUCGUAUCAGUAUACCGACUCUUCUUGAGCUUGUACUUCGAGUCUAAUUCUAUAUACUAUGUCCGUUGAAUCAACUCACCAUUAAUAAUAGAUUGGGUGCCGUGGCCAACCGUUUGCCGUCGGAGCUUCAGUUGACCCACCUUCCGCAAGCGAGCUUGAGGUUCAGAAGAUGUCUCUUCAGCCACCAGUUGACGAAAUUGACCCAAGCACCGUCACGGGGAUGACCGCUUACCCGGCCGCUUCGGGUGGUCUUGGAGAUGUUUACAAAUGUAUCUUGAACAGGGGCGCAAGCCAGGAAGAAGUUGCAGUCAAAUCUCCACGGUUCCCAAAUUUGUCUGAUGCUGAAGUCGCCAAGAUCAACCGUAAUAUUGACCGGGAGCUCAAAAUCUGGGCCAUGUUAGAGCACCGGUAUAUAUUACGCCUAUAUGGCAUUGCAACAGGUUUCGGUCCAUUCCGUGCUUUUGUCUCCCCCUGGAUGCCAAAUGGGACUUUGAACUCUUACCUAAAACACGCUGAUCUCACGGCAAUGGAUAAGCUUACCCUGUUUAAACAAAUCGUGGAAGGUCUCAAGUAUCUUCACGACAACAACGUGAUUCAUGGUGACUUGACUAGUAAUGAUGUCCUGGUUGCUGCCGAUGGGUCCCCGCGCCUUGCGGACUUCGGUAUCUCAAAUAUCAUGGUAGAGUCUAACCCGGCAUUCUCUUACCAUACUGGUGGAGUUCGUUGGGUUGCUCCAGAGCUCAUGAACCCACCCGAAGACGCCCCCGUGCAACGCACCACCAAAUCCAGUGAUAUAUAUGCUCUCGGAUGUAUCAUGCUUGAGGUAUUAUACGGGAAAGUACCCUACUGGUGGUUGAAAUCUGCUAUAAAUGUUAUUUCGGCCAAGUUCAAAUACCAAGAGCCCUCUGACGACACCUUGCAAAUUCAAGCGCAUCACCUCACUUACAUGCGGCGGUGUUGGUCAAUCAAUCCCGAAUCUCGCCCAUCGGCGGAGGAGACUCUGGUAUUCAUUGAUGGGAUAUUUCCACAUGUUCUCGACUGGCCUUCGUUCUACAACCUUCGAGAACUACCUAAUGAGGUGAUCACAGCAUAUGAGCAUCGCGGCACUGCGGCAGGGGGUCUAGGCGAUAUCUGGAAAUGUAGUUGGCGCAAAAACUCGAAGGAAACUGAAGUUGCAGUCAAAUCAGUCAGGGUUCCUCGUACAGGCAAUAAAGAUGAAGUCAACCAAAUAAUGGAGAUGAUUACUCAAGAGGCUGCUGCUUGGGCCAAGUCGUCACAUCAUAAUAUACUGGCCCUGUUUGGCACGAUCCCUUACUUCGAACCUCUUCCCGCCUUCAUGUUUCCAUGGAUGGCCAAUGGCUCGCUGACGGACUAUCUACAACGGGAAUUCUCCCGUUUGUCAGCAACCAGGAAAACUGACAUUGUAAGCCCAUUACUCGAGUAGCAUGAUUGUGUCUGAGCUCGAUGACAGUUAAACCAAGUGGUUUCUGCGCUGAAGUACUGUCAGUGGCAUUCUUGAAUGUCAGCCAUGUACUUACGACUGGUUUCAAGUGCAUGAUGAUGGCAUCGCUCAUGGUUCUUUGACAAGUG